UUGCAAAUGCUGUCCUGCUCAAUCCCAUAACAGAGUUCAGGGUGCCAGAGUGACACCAUUAAAGACCCACUAGAGACACUUCAGGAAUUGCUCAGUCCAGGAGCGGAAGAACUGUAUGAAGACAUGGAUACUUUACCCUGAGAAGAAUACAGAAGUUGUCACAAUAGGGCCUCUUGUGCCACUGGGUCUUCGGAAGUGUUCCAGAGGUCUCUGCUUGGGAAAGCAUCAGGGAUUCUGACGUUUGGGAAGCAGCAGCCGCCCCCCUGGAGGAUCUACUGCAAAUCCCCCCAUCAGACAGAUGGCGACCACGUUCGGUGCUCUGCGCACAUGAGUGCAGAGGACGAUUUUUGAGGCAUGGGAAUAGAAGACCAUAGAUUGGAUUUGAGGCUCCAGAGCGUAGAUUGAUAUGAACAAUCCCACACUCACACUUCUCUGCCGAACUGAAAGAUCUCCUAGUAAUAUGCCGCCUUUGCAAGAACAAAAGAAGCUAGUACCAGAAAGGCAUCCUAUUCAAUAUCUGGAGUAGACGUGCUGUCAAGACAAUGGCUUCCAAGGUCUCCUGUUUAUAUGUUUUGACAGUUGUGUGCUGGGCCAGCGCUCUUUGGUACUUGAGUGUAACUCGACCUACUUCAUCCUACACUGGUUCCAAGCCAUUCAGCCACCUAACUGUUGCCCGAAAAAACCUCACCUUUGGCAACAUAAGAACUCGACCCAUAAACCCACAUUCAUUUGACUUUCUUAUCAACGAGCCCAACAAAUGUGAGAAAAGCAUUCCUUUCUUGGUUAUCCUCAUCAGCACUACCCACAAGGAGUUCGAUGCCCGCCAGGCAAUCCGAGAGACGUGGGGCGAUGAGAACAACUUUAAAGGGAUCAAGAUCGCCACACUCUUCCUCUUGGGCAAGAACGCAGAUCCUGUGUUAAAUCAGAUGGUAGAGCAGGAGAGCCAAAUCUUCCAUGAUAUUAUCGUGGAGGAUUUUAUUGACUCCUACCAUAAUCUUACCCUCAAAACAUUAAUGGGGAUGAGAUGGGUGGCCACUUUUUGUUCAAAAGCCAAGUACGUCAUGAAAACGGACAGUGACAUUUUUGUAAACAUGGAUAACCUUAUUUAUAAACUACUGAAGCCCACCACCAAACCAAGGAGAAGAUAUUUUACUGGCUAUGUCAUCAAUGGAGGGCCAAUCCGGGACGUCCGUAGUAAGUGGUACAUGCCCAGGGAUUUGUACCCCGACAGUAACUACCCACCAUUCUGUUCGGGGACUGGCUAUAUCUUUUCAGCUGAUGUGGCUGAACUCAUUUACAAGACCUCCCUCCACACACGGCUGCUUCACCUUGAAGACGUAUAUGUGGGACUGUGUCUUAGGAAGUUGGGCAUACAUCCUUUCCAGAACAGUGGCUUCAAUCACUGGAAGAUGGCCUAUAGCUUGUGUAGGUAUCGCCGAGUUAUUACUGUGCAUCAGAUCUCUCCAGAAGAAAUGCACAGAAUCUGGAAUGACAUGUCAAGCAAGAAACAUCUUCGAUGUUAGGAUUUUUACCAAUGUAAAUACACUUCUUUUCUUUUUUAAGAAUUGGGGCCUAGGAUGUUGGUAUUUUACAAGUGUCACUGGAGGAAAUGAACAAGAGAAGGGGUUUUGUAAAAAGUGCUUUUUUCCCACUCUUAGUACCUGUCUUUGAUUACCAGUUUGCAAAUGCUGGGCUCGACUCAGAAACAACACGAGGUACAAGGGCCAAGUAUUCUCAGGGCCCCACAGGAUUACCAUUUUUCUCAUAAGGCAAGUUUCAAGCAACUCUUAGGAUUUACAUAAUCAGAUGCUGAACUUCUCAUCUUUUUUUUUUAAUUUGGAUCUGAGAAACUGAAACUUACAGUAGGGUCUUCGUAUCAUUUUUGCAAGAAAUUUUUAAAAGGGAGAAAGUAAGGAUUCUUUUUAAAUGUGAGAAUGAUACACAGUCAGGAAGACACUCUGGAUGUGAUUGUUAAUAGUGUGUGUUAUUUUCGCAUUUUACAGGUAGUGCCAUGUAAUAUGUGCAGUAUUAGCACUUCCACCAAGAAAUAAACUUAGUAUUGGUGGGAAGGCUGCAGUUAAAUAGAUGGAAAUUUAAACUUGAGAAUCAAAUCUUCUUUAUAUUUGGGAGACAGCUCUGCUUGCUCAUCCAAGAAUUAAAUGUAGUCAGCAGGUAGAAUGUAUAUACAAUGCUACUUAAGAAGGAAACGAGAGUUUGAGAGGGUUUUUGUUUGGGGGUUCGGGGGCUUUUUGUUAUUGUUGUUUUGAGUCCUUUCAGAAAAACAUCUCAUGGUGCCUCCACAGAGACUCUGUCAAAUAUAAUCUCACCUGCUUCUCUCCACACAGCAUCGAUCAGUGCAUUUCACAGAUUCCGGAACAUACAGGUUCUUGUUUCCAUGUGUAGAAAACAAGUGGGUAGGAAGCCAAAAUAAGACGAGCUCAUACUAAGAAAAAAAUACAAAAUUAGGUACGCAUUAUAAUUCACAUAAGCUUACCAAUAGUGUCACAUGUCCUCCUCAAAUACAUUUGCAAAGCAAUAGAGAAAGUCAUUAACACUUUUAUGGCAAGGUUUGGCCCUAUAGUUGAUGGAUAUAAAACCCUUUGACAUCUGAAAUACCCAGGUACCUUUAGCAGCAAGGCUAUCGUGAGGUGCUCUCGUCAUCCUGUGAUUGAGGUUCACGGGAAAGAGGGUGGAGAAUCUUGGGGUCAGGUCCCAUUCUUGCCUUUAUACUUAUUGGUCAUGUGAGCAGGCAUCUUAACAUUGCUGUGCUUCAGUAUGUUCAAUCCUGAAGUGGGUGUAAGCAAACAAGCAAACAAAACUCACCUAUCCCUCAGGUGCUAGGGGAGCAAAUAGGAUUUGCUAAAUACUUUGAGAUUCUUAGUUUAAAAGGUGCUACAUAAUGUGAUGUGCCAUGCAUUAUGCUAUAUGCUGAAGUGAUUGCAUAGCAACAACAAUGGUUAUCAGUGCACCGACUCCUCACUUAUCUGACAUUUCACACAGCUGUAGUGAAAAAUCUACGAACCAUUUCUCCCAUUAACAGUGUUCAAUGUACUUCUAGUAGUAACAAAUGAUGAGGUACAAGGUGAAAGUAACACUGUCCUUGAUGACAGUGAAGAUAUUGUGUCAACCUGGCUGGCCCAUAAUUAUCCAUGUUUUGGCAGUUAUGUAAUAAUGGUUUUGGCAUUUAAUUAAUGAUGAAAUUUGGAAGUUACAUAGUGAUGAAAUUUGACAGCUUGUAAUUACGUAGUCAUCCUCCAUUUGUGAUCUGAUCUGAUCUUCCACUUUUGUCUAACACCAAUUUUCACUUAAUGACCUGCUCUUGGGAACCAAAUCAUGUUGAUAAGUGAGGAGUGGGUAGUAGCAUGACUAUAAUAUAAAAUCUACCCAAAUAACGAUCAACUAGGACUCAUUAAUCAGUGUACUCGAUCUUUUCAAAGCGUUGACUUUUCCUUGGAUAUAAAUUAGGUAUUGGGGAAAGCUUCAUUUUCUAGGUCAUUUUUUUCUGAUUUCAAUGAGUAAGUUAUUCAUCCUUGGGGAGGAGCUGCUGAUUGAGGGAAUAUUUUAGCAACACUUGCUUUGCAAGAUUCAUAUUACCAACUAGGUAUUAGAAGGCAUUUGACUUGCAUCUGCUCUCAGAACUGUAAGGAUAAACAGGGCUAGUCAGCAGAAGACAACACAUUCCACAAAUACAUCAGUUCCCACGCCUUGUAUCCAUUUGUUUUCAUUCAAAGAAAGCCUCACCACGAAGAGAGAGUAGACCUUCAUUUUUUAACCUGACCCCCAGACACUCACAGAAAAAUUCACAGAAAAUAUGUAGAUGAGACCAAUGAAAGGAACUCAUGGUCUCUCACUUGAAAACAUUACAUCUCUCAACCCCAACCCAAAGAGCCCAAUCAUCAAUAGAACGUUCCCUCUCUGGAUACAUCUUUAUCUCAGGAUCAGAGGGCUGCUGAUUUUGAUCCAUUAGGUAACCACAAUGCAAAAGGGAGCUACCCACCAGCCUCAACUGCCCUUGAGUUUUGAUCAUGGGAAAGUCCUGUGACUUUGUAUAUGGUUUACCUUUCAGCCUUGUGGCAGAGUCAAGCCUCUGUUGCAUAUUGACUCUUGUCUUGCUUCUGUACCAUGCUCAGUCAGGUCACUUUUAGUAUCAAAGCAUUGUACACAAUAUGUGUGCAUCUGUGAAUUGUUUUACAUGUGUGUGCACAUGCAUUUUGAAUAGACCCCUAAUCUUAAAUAAGCGCAUAUGUCUUCCAGGAUUAUUUCCUGACUUCUUAAAGACUGUAGUGACAAAUGUGACAAAUAUGUAAAUAUUCAUCAGAGACCACAUGUAUAUAUUUUUAGGCAUUUUUUUCUUUCUCCCCGGCUAUAUGUAUAAUUAGAACCUGCUUGCUGUGUAUCAUUUUCUUCUGCAUGGAGUCUGGUGAAGCAAGGCCAUUUGUCUGUGUUUCAAUAGCCUUAAGCAUGUUUGCCUUUGUUUUUUGAAUGUUCAAAGAGAUGUUUAAGUCCAAUGAUCAAGAAAUAACUCUAAUUUUCUACUUUUGUUAACUUUAUGAUAAUUGUGUUUCAAUUACGUGGAUUUAUCACUUCCAUGCCAUGAAAUAACGUUGUGGACAGUAUUCUACCAGACAACUUUGACAACUUUCUGACAGUCGCCCUCCUGUUUUGUUCAUGACACACUGGAUAACCAUGGGUACCAAUUAUCAGUGUCUGGAUACUCAGAGUUUCCUUUUUAACAGUUAUCUUCAGAGGCCUAAUUUGUGCAGCUUCGUGUCUUCUUCUAUUGAAGCCAAUGCCAAUUUCAACACAUAGUAUCGUAUUUUUAAAUAAGCGGAAUUUUCAGAAAUGAAGAAAAUAAUUUUUGAUUUGGAUUAGAUGCCGAAGAACAAAAUCCCAUCGUGUGAUGUGAAACGGGGGAAAUAAACUUCUCAGAGCAGCCAAGGAAGGAGGUUUUCAAUUGAAUCUCUUCUCUCAAAAGACAGUGGAAUAUUUGCAUAAAGUGUCUGGGAUUCAUUUUCUAUCUUUCCUAAUCCGUGGGGUUAGUGGGGGAAUUGAUUAUGUUAUUUCUUCUGUAAAAGGUGGAGACAGUUUUUUAUAAGCAAAAAAGUAACUUGUGAAUGAAAGCAGUAAUUGACUAGAAAUGCUUGUUGAUGAUCAUUGACAUUUAGGUAUACCCUUAUAUAUGAAUGACUGUAUUUAUGUAUUUAUUUGUCAAAACUGUACAUACUGUUUCACCAAAAGUAACUGUCUGUACAAGUGCACUCUCCAGGUUUGUAGUACUCGUUAGGGUUUCAUGGGUUGCCAAGUAAGCUGCUCACCAGAAUACUAUUUUUUGUAUCAAUGUCAUAAAACGGAAAAAUGACAAAUAGAUGCCGAGUAUGUCUUUACAAUUCAGUUUCUUCACCUUCCUCUUGAAAUACCAAGUGUUGAUUGACAGCACGAUGCUCAUGUAUAGGCCCAUCUGUCAUGAGGAAGAUGAUGGCUCCGUAAAGCUGAUUUUUUAAACUAUCAGGACAAAUAAACAAAAGGAGAACAUA